GUCUGAAAUAUCUACUACGGAACCCACCGCCCUUCGGUGCAUCCGGUCAUCUUCAUCCAGCCCUCUUUUCCGCGCCCAAAAAUGACCAGCGAAGACGGCGACGAAUCCAUGGCUAGGCUCGACAACCACAGCUCCGUCGCGGGCCUCCCAACGCCGCCUGUAAAGCCUAAAGGCCUCGCCUGGCUUCUCUCGUUUCUUCUCAGGGCUGUCGUGAUGGCGCUUGUCCUUGCUCUUUUCUUCGUAUUUGCCGGCGUUGCGGUAUGCUUCCUUCUUAUCCUGGGCCUAGUCGGAAGGGUUCUUCGCCGCCGUCGACGGCUCUUCGAAGCGAUGGUCGGGCCACCAUCUCCUGAAAGCUGCGGCCUUUCUCCAGAAGAGCUCCGGCGCCUUCCCUGCUUUAGCUACUGCGGUGGAUCAGGAGCGCAGGAUUGCGCCGUGUGUCUGGAGGGUUUUCAGGAGGGUGGGUGGUGCAGGGCACUCCCAGGCUGCAACCAUGUGUUUCACAGGCUUUGCGUGGACCGGUGGCUGGAGAAUUCUCCGCUUUGCCCUAUCUGCCGUGGCAGUGUUACGAGUCGGCCGCCCUUGAUAGGUAGCUAGGGUGUAUUCUGUAAGUUUGUUUCCGAGUUGUGAUUCUAGGGCUUGCAUACUUGUACAAAGGUCUGGUACAUUUUUUCUUGCAAAUAAUCAAUAUGCUUUGUCU